AACCGGACCGUUUACCUUGCAAGUCUAUUAUUAAAAGACGAUUAAUGUUGUGAAUUUUUUGCUUUGCUUUUUAGUUUAGUGUGUUGAAUGUUAAACCGGAUUUGAAAUCGUUGUAUGUGUACUAUUGUGGACUAUUGUUUUGUGCUGAUUUUACUCGCGUAUACACGUUUUGUGGUUGUUUAAAAUUUCAGAUAAACAAACAAACAGAAUAAAGAUGGCUGGUGUUGCAACAGUAUUGAAGCCGCGCGGAGUCGCGUGCGCAUCUUCUAGUCAUAGAUUAAGCCUGUGUUUUGUUUUUGUCUUAUUAUUAGGUAUCCCAAGUGCACAUUCCCAGUUAGAGAAACUGUAUGUAAGUGAAACGGAUCUCAAUAUCCUCGUGGAUGACACGCAUCUAAUGAAACUGAUACAAAUUGGACAAUACAAUGAAAGCCUGCAAGUCACAGCGAACAUCCAGCACCCAGACAUCGUGCAAUUUGUCCCCCAAACUAUAGACAUUCCAGGGUCUAAAGAACCGAACACGACAGUAAAGAUCACAUAUGAUAUCUGCGCAUACGCAAAGAGCCCAGGCCAUUCUGAAGUCACUUUUAAUGUAACGCCAGCUGGAUAUGUUAACAUGGACUCUGUGUUCCUCCGUAUCACAGUGAUGCACUCCCACGCCAUCAACGUAAUCUCCUACAUCAUGGGGUGGAUCUACUUCGCAGCCUGGUCCGUCUCAUUCUACCCUCAAAUCUACAUCAACUUUAAGAGGAAGAGUGUCGUUGGCCUUAACUUCGACUUUUUGGCUCUGAACAUCAUGGGUUUCACCAUGUAUUCUCUGUUCAACUGCGGUCUUUACUUCUCCAAGGAGAUUCAGAGUGAGUACUUCGCCCGUCACCCUCGUGGUCUGAACCCGGUACAACUGAAUGACGUGUUCUUCUCACUGCACGCCGCUUUCGCCACUCUCAUCACCAUUACCCAGUGCUUUAUCUAUGAGCGCGAAGACCAGCGAGUAUCGACGACAGGUCGUAGCAUCCUCGGCGUGUUCACAGCAGUUGUGAUAGUCGCGGCUGGAGUGGGCGCCGCCGGCAAACUCGCCUGGCUCGACUUCCUUUACUACUGCAGUUACAUCAAGCUUUCUAUCACGCUCAUUAAAUAUGUACCCCAGGCUUACAUGAACUACAAACGCAAAUCAACAGUCGGAUGGAGCAUUGGCAACAUUUUCCUAGACUUCGUGGGAGGUUCCCUGUCCAUUUUGCAGAUGGCGCUGAACGCAUACAACUACAAUGAUUGGAUAUCUUUCUUCGGCGACGCGACGAAAUUCGGCCUCGGCUUGUUCAGUCUUGUCUUUGAUAUAUUCUUCAUUCUGCAACAUUACGUCUUCUAUAGAGAGGCUCGGUACAUUCUUCUGCCUGGAGCUACCUCAACAGAAGACCUGACUCAUGAAGCCCAAGAGCAGCCAUCGGAGGAACCAUACCAAGGCGCUCCGGCGUAACGGCAGAAGAAAACACAAGGAUAUACUCUUAUCUCUUUCACUAUUACCAAAAGUGAUGAAGUGCGAGAGAGAACGAAGAUGUUACCCUCAUGAGGUAUGGAACUUUUCCUUAAAUGAAGAAUGAGAUUAUGAAUGGAGGAGGAUGAUGUUCCUUUUGGUUGAAAAAGAUCACAUUGUAAUGGCAUAAUGCCAUGUUAUCAUGGAGAAGUAAAU